UUGGAGAGUUCUCACGAGUUUGCUCGACGAUUUCAGGUAUGCAAUAUUUUCAAAAUCACUUCUAAAAUCACGGAAAUUCUUCUGAUUAUUUUCCGUCUAAAUCUUUAGUUUUCCCUUGAAAUAAAAAAAAAGAAAUCUCCAAUGAUUUUGUAAAAAUGAAGUUAGAAGAAAUGUUAACGCGAAAUGUUAGAUACAAACGGUUUUACAAACACAUUUUUGGAGAGCAUAUUUCUUCCAUGUUAUAAAUUCGAAUUCUCUAAUCAAAAUUUUUGAUUUUUUGUCAUCUUGUGCAGCCUGAGAAGGAUAUAAAUUGUCUCAAUUUAGACAGUUUGUCUAACUAAAAAAAAGUUAUCAAAAAUUUUUCAAGCAUAUCAGAUUUGAAAAUAUAGAAUCACAAAUUAGAAAAAGAAUCAGAUAUUUUUCAGACUACGUCUCGAGUUGUGAUAUUUCGCUGUUCUCAUUUUGAACUCUUCAAUCAAACCUCACCAACUGAUUUACAUUCACAUUUAAUACAACAGCCAACCAAUACAAUAUCAAAGAAAUUCCACCAAUUGUCCUUUGUCAAACAGGAUUUGCUCUGGUCUUUUUGUGCGCUGGUGCUGUUUUCUGGAGUUAUUGUCACAUUUUUAUAGUCUCAUUUGGAAAAGGUAAGACUUUUUUAUGUAGAAAACAGCAUUUAAAAUUGUUCAAUUAUAUUUAUAAAAACAUAUACUUUUUCUAGACGAUAUAUAAAUUUCAAAGAAUAAUUUUCAGUCAUUGUACAACACACAGUUUAGUUGAAAUCUUUGAUUUUUUGGGGCUUUAAACAGCCUGGAAUUAUUAACAUGGUUUCACUUUCAAUUUUUUCUAAUCGUAAAAACAAUAUAAAAAAAUAAAAUGUCAACCAAAAUACACAAUGUUCUAACAAAGAAUUCAAUGUUGAAAUUAUUAGUCGUGAAGCAAACUUGAUUAUUUUCAGAUGGACCCAAUUGAUACUGGAUUUGUUGAUUUACCGUAUGAAAUGAGAGAAAUUAUAAUUGAUAAAAUGGAUGCAUACGGAAGACACCUUUUUGCAAGAACUUGUGUAACUGCCAAAAAUGAUGUUGCAAGGAACGGACACUAUAUCGACCGAUUACGCUUAAAAAGGAUUUCAAAGAAAUGGUACAAUAUUUCGGUUGAAUUCGAAGAAAAGUUGUUUGAAAAACGGUUCUGCAUUAACAAAUUCACAAUUGCAAACAAUUUCAUUUUGAAGUCGGCGCGAAGUGUUACAUAUCUGAGUCUAUCCGAAAACCAUUGGCAGAUCUGGAAAAUAGCGCCGGUUCAGUUCUCGAAGUUAUGUGUCCUCAUUCUAACAACAAGACGACCGCAGGCCUUGCUAACCAAAAUCAAUACAACACGGCCAUUGGAAUUAUUGGGAAUCAAUCCAUGUAUCACGCUUUCACAACUCGAUUUGGUUAUUAAUAAGGUAUUCAAUUUUAAAAUCAAUUAUUUGAUCAAAACAUUAACUUUUUCAGGUCAAACAAGUCUCAAGAGGUAUAUAUUGUCCAACGUGUACAUUGUCUUUUGAUAACGUUCAAUCACUUGCUGCAUCCUCAAUUAGCAUAGGAUUAAAGAAUAGAAAUAUUGAAGAACUGUAUAACUACGUUAAAGAUUGGCAUUUGGAACGUAUACAAGACUCUGUUCAAACCAUCAGAUUCUACCUUCACAUGGAAAUUGAUUGGAUACAGUUUUGCAAUCGAGUUGGAGUGAAUCCCAGAACCGAAAGGUAAUUUUAUUUUAUUAAUUUGAAAAAAAAAUCUGUUUCCUUUGUGCAGCACAAAAAAAUAUAUCUUUAAUUUUCAGGUUCCAAUUAUCUCUUCCAUACUCCACAAGAAAUGAUUCGCAAUUUUAUUGUCAAGUGGAAAGAUCUGAUAUUUCUACGUAUACCAUGAAACACCAUAUAGAAAUUCGCCAAAACCUUGUUAUCAUAAGUAGAAAUAAAAUAAAUGAAGAAUCACUGACAAACCCAUUAAUCCAUGUUGCUGCCGAUGUUUUCACUCAAUAG